GUCUGCCAAACACAGGACGGCACAUGAGCCGUUAUUAUUAGUGAACUUCGGGUUGCAUUGGAAAGAUGGGAAUCAAUAGGGUGAUUUUAUAAGAACCCUGGUCUUCUCACCUCAAGAGAGCUGCGCUUGAUGCCAAUCCACUGCUUUUCAGACUUCAGACACAGCCGCUUUCGUUCCUUUAGCUCCUAGUACUUGGCGAUCAUGCGUUCUUUCACCACCACCCUCGCCGCAGCUGCCACUCUGGCAAGCUUGGUUGUCGCGCAGAACAACAGCGUCAACAUGUUCAUUGAAGAUGGGAUCAAUGGCCAGGGUCUCUACGCCGCUUCCAUUAUAAGCGCCUGCAAGGACCAGACCGUCUAUGCCCUCCGAUGCACAAGUGCCAGAGAUGACGAUAUCAAGCCUACCAUAUGUGGCCCCGAUGUAUCGGCUCUCACCGUCACGGCAGGCCCCUCCGUAUACAUGGUCAGCUACGUCACAGAGACUAGCGCGGGAGGCCAUGAGGCGGCAGUGAGUGUCUUCGAAUCCUGCAGCCUCCAAGGGACAACCGCAGCCAGCUGCUUCGCUACUGGUGCCAUCGAGAUCGAUGAUCGAGCGACUGCCACCUCGUUCAGCACGGUCCUUUCCGGCGCCGACUACCAUCGCUACCAGGUGGCUAUCACCGGCGGCGCGGAGAAGACCGCCAGCGCCACCGGUGAAUGCAAGCCCAACGCCGGUGCCGGAACCCACCCGAAUGUGGUUCGGGCCGUGGGUGCCUCUCUUGCGAUUGGCCUUUUGGGGGUUCUUGCUUUGUGAAAACAGAGAAAAGUUUGGAAACUUUCUAGAUGCAAUGUAUUACUUUUCUAGGGUUUGUUUGUUGGAAAUACCGCCUCAAAGCAUUGUCUUAGAUACCCAGGCAGGAGGUGAGGCAUUGCCGGCGGC